UAAAUGCAUGCAAGUUGUUAUUCAUGUCAAAGAUAUAAUAGAAGCUGUCUUGCACAGUACAUUGUGUGACAUAUAUAUUUACAUAAUGACAUAAGAUGUUCAUGUCCAACAGACCACAUGUAUCAUAGUAACAAUAGUUUGGGUGACCAAACAUCCUGUUUUCCUUGGACAGUGAGUGUUUUCACAUGCCCCGGCUUGAACAUUACAUUUUUUAUAAAGUGAUGAAAAUAGUUUUCAUUGUUUUUCAUUGGGCCACAAAAUUGAUCGGCAUUAGGGAACUCUGCCGCAUGCAAGGCUUUUUGAAUUAUUGUUGCCAACAAGCCAAAGAAGAAGCAAAAAAACUAUGCACCGUGGUAAUCCUCUGACUCAUAAAAUUGGGGGUUCAAACUUCCAAGUUCUUGCAACCUAUUGUUCAUUUCUGACCUCAGGUUGCUGUGUCGUACUGUUUCUAGAAUUGCUUUUAUUCCGGUUUUGUAAUGUUCUUCCUGUGUAAUUUGUGUUUUUAGCUCUAACAAUGUAAAAUAAAUGAUUUAGAAGGCUGUAUACAGGCUUUAAUAUAUCAACAUAUAGGAAACAAGGACAGUGGGUAUCUGAGAAGACUGAACUGAAACUGGUGAACUAAAUCCUCUCAGGAUAAUCGCCCAUAAGAAACAGCUUGGUGAAACUCUUAAGGCAGGUUGUGAGCUGAUUGGCUUAAAAAUAGAGCAAGGUGGGGCUUUGGACAUUUUUUCUACAAAGAAAUAUCAGACCAAAAGACCCACAAUGGCCACAGAAUAAGUUGUACAGUUAUUAUUUAUGGUAAAAAGAUGCUCAAUUAGAAGGUUACUGUGUCUUCAAAACUUGAAAUAACUUGAAAACUAUAUCUUGAUAUAUUCUCCUAGACCUUACAGUGAGACAAAUUGGCCCUAAAACGUUACAUUUUGAACUAGGAUAUCGUUAAAGCCUGUCAAGCACACAGAGAUAAAUUACAUGGAAAAGGCCCCACCGAUGUGAUCCUCUAGUUGCUGCAGAGCUAAAGAUAGUAACAACAACAGCACAGUCUCAUCACUACUCUUACUGCUUUGUACAUGUUGGCCUCAAAAUAAGGAUGGUUCGCAUGCCACAAAGCUGGGAACUCUUUUGCACAACAUAGAUUAUGCAUAUAGUAAUGUUAUCCUGAAAACAACCAUGUACAUCCAAAAGAAGCAGUUUGUUUAAAAAUGUAUGACGCUUUUAGACCACACAGGCACAGGAGGAAACAGCAGUGUAAUUGGUAGACACAAUGUGUUAGCUUGGUGAGAAUAUGAUCUGCAGGAAGGUGGUUUUAUUUUAGACAGUGUGCACUAACGUGUGAGACUAUAGUCUGCUUUCUUGGCAACGCCUACAUUGCAUUCGUGUUGACAUUUGUUCCUUUUCCGCUUACUUCCCGUCAGGGUUUUGUAUUUACUACUGUUGAACUUUAUUAUGAUGAUAAGUGUGGUUUUGUUAUUUCUUUCCGUACAGCUGAAUACAUGUUUCGAUGUUGUUAACAUGACUUCUACUUGUUUUGAUUGCUGUUCCUGUUUGUCUCGUCUCCUUAUGUUUUCCACUGCCUGGGCAAAAGACCACAAUUGCAUAAUUGUUUCAUAUACUUUACUCCAACUCAUCCAUUUCUCAUCCUUUUCUUCAUUUUGUUCUUUGCUGACAUUUUUUAUGUCAGAAUUGUAUUAUUCUUCUGGGACAGGAUAUUCUCUUCUCCUGUGUGUCAAUCGGUUGCUCUGCAAUUACUUUGUCUGCCAGCAUCAUUGAGCUUGGCUAUCGUGGUCAACAUUUGUGUUCAGGAAAAGUGCCAAACAUAUCCAAAACUCAUAAAAAAAAAUGUGGACCUCAGGCCAUCAGCUUUCGUUCUCCUCAACAGAAAGUGGGAAAAAAGAGACUAUAGUGAAAGUGAAACUGUGCCAUGAGAGUGGGAGUUUAAUCAUUAACAUUCAAAGGGACAUGCUCAGCCCAUACCUGGCAAUGCAGCUCAAAACAUACCCAACAGGAGGGCAGAAGGAAAUGAAUUGCAUGUCCUCUGUCCACAAAUCUGUGAGAUACCUCAUUUUCGGCCUGUGUCAUAUGCAAAUCUCUCCAGAUAGAUAGUAUCGUGGUACAGGAUACUUAGCAGCCUGUCAUGUUAUCAGGAUGGGUCUGUUUGCACAGAGAGAUUGGAUCUGAUUGAGAGGAACAUCACACCAGCCCGUUGAUGAUCUGAUGAUUUAGGUUGAAACACUAGUAGGACUAAAGUAUGCACUUACUGUACCCUGCAUAGUUUUGAAAGGCUUGACAAAGUCAUCCCUUGCUGCUUUUUUAUGGUACAAUAAUGAGGGGAACUCCACUAUUAAACUGCAUGGACAAAUGUGCCAUUAAACUUGCCAUUAAACCUGCAGGAACUGAACAUGGAAGCUCACGUGGAGUUGGUCUCCCAUUUGCAGUGAUAACAGUUUUCACUUUUCCAAAAAUAUUGAAACACAAGUUAUAUGUAGUAUUGUGGUCACUAGGCACCAGUAAUGAAAAAAAUAUUGCAAAGGCUUGACAUUAGAUUAGAUGACUUUAACAGUGCAUGUAGCAUGUCCGACAUGACAAUGAAAAAAACAAUUAUCCUCCCAUUAUUUUGUUGUCAAUUUUUGGUUGGCUGUGGUCAUUAUGUAGAUGAUAUAGGUAAGUGUGUUGUACUUAUGGAGCAAGUGAUUUGUGACACCCACAUGCUUGUGGGUCGGUAGCUUGUAGAUUGUGAGUGCGGCAUACGGCUCAUGCAUGUUAGGUGCGCUUCAUGUAAGGUUGUGUGUGGGCAUCGUACGAGGCUUGUGCAGCCCACUCAUUACAUUUGCAAGACAGGCGUACUGCCACAUGGAGUGGGGAGAACCACAGUGUUGGACGUGAGAAGACAGGUUUUGUAUGAUGUAACUACGGAAAUAGUCAAUUUAAUUAUUAUUGAAUCCUACUUUGCAUACGUUCACUUAUCGCAGGCCAGUCUGAAGCCAAUUAACCACCUUAAAUGAGGGUGUCACGGUGCGGCUUGAGAGUUUUAAGGUUCGACCCCAGGAUGCAGAGAUUAGAACCCAAAUGCAGGUAAAAUAUAUUUAUUAAUGCUAUGCAGCAGGAUGACGCAGUAGCAUGGCAAACUCAAACACAAGACAAUGAACCGACAAAGGGAGCGCGCACCUGAACUAAAUAGCAAUCAGAAAUUGAAAACAGGUGCGGGAGAAAGUGGAGAGGAACGGAAAACAGAACAGAGCAACAGAGGAAGUGAAUACAAAAUAAGGGCACGAACGAGGAACAGAGAAAAAGACGAAAACUAAGAAAGCUGUCACGACGUGGUGAAGCCCGAUCGUGACAGAGGGACAGCUGUAAUUGUCCAGAAGGGAGUGAAUGAUGCCUUUGGUAAAAAAAAAAAAAUGUGGGCAAAAUGCUCUCCUUUGUAGUUCAUCCCAAAGGUGUUUGAUUGGGGUGAGGUCAGAGCACUAAAGUGCUGCCUGCCAAACCUAUCCAGGCACGUCUUUGUGCAUGCAUUGUGUAAUGGCUGCACAGUCAUGCAGGAACAGUUUCUAUUAAAUUACAUUACAUUAAAUUACAAUUAAAUUGCAUGGCUUGCACUGGCAGAGGAGGAAGAGGAUGGUGGUAAGUGACCACACUGUUUAAUUCCACUGCUGUUCACAUAGUUGAUAGCCAUUCACGUCUCUACCUUGUUUCUACUAAAAAAGCUUAGUAAGAUUUUAUUUGCAUAACAUGCUUAAUAUUGACUCCAUGUUCUUAUGUUCAUAUGGAGCAAUGCAAGGUUGGAAAAGGCAAUUCAAGAACAUUAUGUUCACUCACAGUUGGGAAAUUCUUUUCCAAUGCGUGCCAUGUUUCACUCCGUCACUCUGACUAUAAUCUCGAGUGGCAGCUAUUGAUGACCUAUGUGACACAUACGCCAACAGCCAAGUCUCAAUUACACAGUGUGAAAUUGUAACUGUCUGAAUUGUGGUUGAACUUUUACAGCUUCAUGCCUCUUUGCACUCAAAACAAUAUAUGAAGCCCGCCAUCAAGCAGUGUGGGCAUUCUCCUAUGCUGCCUGAAGAAAUGCAGAAUGCAGCUUGCAGCCUCUGGAAUCCAAUUAAGUGUCUUGUGUUGCCAGAAUUGAUGCAGAGGUGUACUUGGCAAAAGGCUAACCUCUACAACCAAAGGAGUCAGGAAACCGCUGUGGCUUAGCAACUGCAACUCAGCAGACUGAGCCUUUCACUGGGAUUUGGAAAAACAUAUGAACGACCCACAGCUCAUACAAAUGACUACUUCUGUGUAAUACAUAUUUAUUUACAAAUUCAACACGACAAGCUAUUGAUGCUACAGUAUGUUGUCAAUGUGAUAUUGUGGAACAAUAAGGUAAUAUCCUUAUCUUUACAUCUAUUGUGAUUAAUAUGAGGCCAGACAUGAGCAAACUACAGCCAUAUCUAGCCGAUUAGGCCAAACUUUUCAAUAUUGUUCUUUUAAAUUUCAAACAUUGAUGUUCUAGACGGCAAUAGGAUUUGCAGUGCUAUUUUUAAAAUACUAGUCUUGAAGUAUAAAAAUAAUCCCACUUAUUUUGAAACCAGACACUGACAUUUCCAGUAGUAUACAGGUCAGUACAAUAAUCAUAGGGCAUCACAGUAUUUCUGAGACACGAGGCUUUUAUCCAAAAAGAAAAAAAACAGAGUGGGUGGGGUUUGUUUACAGAGUAGCGAGCCAUUGUGGCAGACAGUGCUAAAAAACAAGCUUUCUAUGACAACAUUAUACAGAAAAGUGAUUUUUUUAAAGGUGUUUAUUGGACAUGUCAGUACUUUUAUCCUGUGUUUAGCGUUUGGUCAUGUUGUUGGCCUGUUUUUGCUGUGUUUUUACUGGAUUGCCCAACAUUUCCAAGAAGCCAUCUGAAAGGUGACCCCUAAGACCCAACAAAUGUGACACAAAUUUGACUUUGACAAAGAAGAGGAACUCAAAUCUGCCUCCCACUUUGACAUGCUCAGUAUGUGUCUGGAUACCUGAGUGGGCCAACCUACAAUUACUAUCACUGUCCCCUUUGUAUAAACUAACAUGGACAAAGUGGUCAUCAGUCUCCUGCUUCUGGGAAUUGUGUUUACAAUGGUCCAUGCAUGUCCCAAAUACUGUGUCUGCCAGAACCUCUCGGAGUCUCUGGGGACCCUUUGCCCCUCCAAAGGCCUACUCUUUGUCCCACCGGACAUCGAUCGUCACACUGUGGAGCUACGAUUGGGUGGCAACUUUAUCCUCAAGAUCACCACUCAGGACUUUGCUAACAUGACAGGUCUGGUGGACCUCACCUUGUCCCGCAACACCAUCGGCGCCAUCCAACCCUUUUCCUUCAUUGACCUGGAGACACUGAGAUCCCUUCACCUUGACAGUAACCGCUUGACCGAUUUGGGGCCGGAUGACCUGAGGGGUCUGAUCAACCUACAGCACCUGAUCCUCAACAACAAUCAACUGAGUCGCAUAUCCAAAGUCGCCUUUGAUGACCUGAUGCUGACACUGGAAGAUUUGGAUUUGUCAUAUAACAACCUUCGCAGUGUGCCUUGGGACGCCAUCCGCAAGAUGGUCAACCUCCAUCAAAUGAGUUUGGACCAUAACCUUAUCGCAUUCAUUGCCGAGGGGACUUUUACAGAUCUGGAAAAACUAGCUCGUUUGGAUCUUACUUCCAACCGCCUGCAGAAGCUCCCACCGGACCCUAUCUUUGCACGUUCUCAAAGCAGCAUAGGCAUGACCACUCCAUACAUCCCUCCACUGUCUCUAAGCUUUGGUGGAAACCCAUUGCACUGCAACUGUGAGGUACUUUGGCUUCGAAGGCUUGAACGAGAGGAUGACAUGGAAACCUGCGCUUCUCCUACAACUUUAAAGGGCCGCUACUUUUGGUCGGUCCGAGAAGAGGAAUUUGUUUGCGAGCCUCCGCUCAUCACACAACAUACACACAAGCUUCUUGUGCUUGAAGGUCAAACUGCUAGUCUACGCUGCAAAGCAGUAGGCGAUCCAAUGCCAACCGUACACUGGGUUGCACCAGAUGACCGAUUGAUCAGCAAUUCUUCUCGAGCGACUAUAUAUGAAAACGGCACCCUGGAUAUUACAAUCACAACAUCCAAGGAUUAUGGAACCUUUACUUGCAUAGCUGCAAAUGCUGCUGGGGAAUCAACAGCCUCAAUAGAACUAUCAAUUAUUCAGCUCCCUCACCUGACUAAUGGGACAAACCGUACCACGCAGUCCAAGUCUGGUCUUUCAGACAUAACUAGCUCUACCAAGAUCAGUAAGGGGGAGCCUAAAACUCUGCCCGACAAUGUGGUAUCUGUCUCAGAAGUGUCUGCUGUGUCAGCCCUGAUAAAAUGGACUGUGAGCAAAUCAACUCCAAAGGUCAAAAUGUAUCAGCUCCAGUACAAUUGCUCUCAGGAUGAAGUACUCAUUUACAGGAUGAUUCCUAUGACAAAUAGAGCCUUUGUAGUCACCAAUCUUGUGCCGGGGAUGCAGUAUGAUCUGUGCGUCUUGGCUAUCUGGGAUGACAGCGCCACUACUCUUACCGCCACCAACAUUGUAGGCUGUGUCCAGUUUAUGACCACUGAUGACUAUACCCAAUGCCAGUCUCUUCACAGUGGUUUCUUGGGUGGCACCAUGAUCCUGGUGAUUGGCGGUAUCAUCGUGGCCACUCUACUGGUGUUCAUAAUCAUCCUCAUGGUCCGCUAUAAAGUGACCAGUGGCAUCCAGACUAUAAAAUUACCCUCUGUGAGUAAUACCUACUCGCAGACCAAUGGUGGUAUGAACAGAUUCAAUGGAGCACCACCACAAGUCAAAUCGGCUGUGGUGGUCAUGCGUGAGGAAAUGGUGGAGUUCAAAUGUGGAUCCCUCCAAAGCAGUAUCUCCUCAUCUUCAUCCUCUUCUAACUCAUUGGAAAGUCAAACAGGAAGAAGGGCUGGUGACUGCUACAGCAUGCAGGGAGCGGAAUGCAGCACCCUGCCCAGCAGCAAGUUCCGUAGGCAUAGGCACAUUUCAAAACCACAGCCAAACCUGGACCACCUUUUAGGAGCCUUCACUGCAAUGGAGCUGCGAGGUGUAUCAAGAGACCGGCAAGGGGUCCCUAGUCCCUCUACUGCUUCCAGUGCUAUGAUUACAGGAGCUGUAGCACCCCUGUCUGACAAAGAACCUCUACUUGGAAGGGCGGAGUCCACCACCAUGUUGGGCCGUCUGCUGGGGCUACCCCAAGAGGGUAAACCCAAAAGGAGCCAUUCCUUUGACAUGGGUCAUGUGGGGGCCACACAGUGUCGCGGCACCCACCCUCGCAGGAUCAGUAACAUCUGGACUAAACGCAGUUUGUCUGUUAAUGGCAUGCUACUACAGUACGAUGACAAUGAGGAUGAUAAGCCUAGUUUUGAAGGAUCUGAGUGGGUAAUGGAGAGCACAGUUUAAGUACAGUUGAACAAAUUGUACUUUGCCAAACAAUUCAUUUAAAUCAAGAACUAAGGAAACAUGAGUUUGAAAGAGCGGAGGAUUCCACAGGGGACCAAUUUUGGGGUUUUUCAUUCAUUUCAAACGUGUACACUGUUUGACAAAACAUUCAACUCAGACAGUCUACGACUGCAGAUCAAAAAUAGCUCACCUUUCUUGAGUCUUGGAUAAUGCAGAAAUGGCCUGGAAUAUCUCCUCUUCAACUCGGCACUUGAGAAUAUCAAAAAGGGAAAAAAGGAGAUGAAAAAAUUCCGAGUGGAUUACUGGGUCUUUAUCAAAUGGCUUGAAUGCCAAGUGGAUUUGCUUCAGCUAUGGUGAAUGGGAUGUACUUUUGUGUGACCCACUGCGUGAAAUGGGACUACUGCCACAGUUGAUUGAAGAACUACAGGAUCACUAUAGGGAAAUUUCAAACUUGUUACAUUUUACUUUCAUCUAGGUUUUCUAUCAUUUUUACUAUUUAUUAUUUGGGGGAAAUCAUUGAGCAACAGUGUGCAGUUUACCAACGUGGUUAUCCAUCAGAUUUGAAGUAUAAAAAAAAAAUGUGUCCUUCAUAAAACCGUUUGAUAUCACAUCAUAUCACAGCUUUUAAUACCAAUUACCACGUGACUUUGUUCUCAGUGUAUCAGAAAGACGUGGGAACAUCAAGCUUACCUUGAUUUCUACCUUGGGUAUUGUAUUUUUCACAGAAAAAUUCAAUAAGUCUAUAGUCAUAUACAAAGGUCAUAAAUAGCUCAACUCAACAAGAAAAAUUGUUUUCACACAAUUUAAAAAUAUGUAGCACCAAACGACUCAAAAGCAUUUUUUGUUCAGACUGUGACAUCUCAUGUUCAAUUGUCAUAAUCCCAGGUGAGUAUAUCGGGCUAGUAUGAGAAAUAAAUCCAAGCACUUAUUUUUUUGACAGUUUGAUCUAAAAAAAAUACAACAAAAAAACUAAAUACAGCAAGUUUCAUACUAGUUUUUACACCAAGUCCAUCAAAUCAUUUGUUCUGCUAUGUAAUCUAUCUUUGGUUUACUUUAGCAAUGCACGGAAGAGGUAUAACAAUUAUUCCAUAUGCUUGUCAUGCCUUCUCUGUUUAUUAAAUGGAGCAAAGUAACAAACCUUACAUAUGAUGAGAACAAGAAACAGAAAAGCACACAAAACUUUACUGGUUUAUGUAUCAGGUUGAUUCAUCCAAUGAGCUCUUUAACUGUCAUUCUUUUUCUUUUGUGGAUGACAAUAACUGAAUUAGUCGAAUUACAGCCUGAAAUAUCCUGUCCCCACUUUGAUGCCUUUCUCAAUAUCCUGUGGGUCUUUGCUGCAACUGAUUAUGUGGGGUGUUUAUAUGUUUUUAUAGUUUUCAUCCCUAGGUGUAGCAUUCUGUAUAUUGGCAUAUUUUGUACAAUAACUGGGUGAGAAUGUAAAACUGGGGAACUUGUUUGGUGGUGUUUUUAUUUCCAUUGCAAGCAAACAGUGAAGGUGCUUUACUGUGGUGUACUAACUUGGUCAUUUUUAGCUGGCUCAGUGAAAUGGGAUUUUCCAUGAAACUGCACAAGACAAGUGGGAAACUUCUUGUUCCUAAAGUAUCAAUCAACCCUCAUUGUGAAAAAACAAAACAAAACAAAAAAAAACAUUUAUUGAUUCACAAAGGUGGUCUGUUUUCCCCUAAUCGCUGGUCAUACUUCUGAAUUGGUCACCCCGGGUCGCAUUACAUCUUUGGUGUUUGGUUAAAUGAUUAAAAUCUCUAAAAAAGACAAACUACAACUGCAGUAUUUCCCAGAUGUGACACCAGUGUUGAUAAAAGAAAAAAAUGUAUUUUGUGAAUGGACCAUUUACCUUGCUAGUUCUUCUUGUGUCCUCUUGUAACAUCCCUGUUCACGCUGCUAACUAAGAAUACAAUUUUGUGCGUGACUUGGCACAGUCAUGAUUGCCACCUAAAACUGAAGGGAAAAAAAGAACAAGAUUUAUGUGUGAAAACAUUUUGCUAAGAAAAAUUAUAUGAAAUGUUAAUAAAUUCUUAAUGAUUUUCUGUGUUCUUAC